GAGCGCAGCUACAUUACCAACACACACGUACUGGUUUCAUUACACCGUGGAAACGCUGGAGGAGCACUGGGAAGUCGGUCCUCGGCGUGUUUCUUUCCAGCUCUACCUUCUGUUUUUUUGAUAGUUUUAUGAUUUGUGCUUUUAUCUCUCCUCAUUCGAGCAGCUUUGAAGAUGUUUUUUUAAAAGCGACACGACGGCUGUUUUUUAUUUAAUUUGACGAACUUGUGUCCUUUAUUUCCCUCCCUUUCUAUCCAUCCUCCACUGUUUUGGUUUUAAUAAAUUUGAUUUUUUUUUUUACACCUAAGGACCAGAACAGCCUCCCCACUGGACCAUACAGGAAGUAUUUCUGUCAGACUUGUUAUAAAUGUGUGAAUUAUUUUUUGUUUUGAGUCGUUCUCACCGGACCGCAGACUGAAAUAAGAUGACAUUUUGAACUUGAGGGUUGUUUUUCGUCGGACUCUCGUUUUAUUUGUUAUCCUAAGUUCGUCUCCGAGAUUUAAACUGCCUUUUUUUAAGUUGUGUGAAGAAAUAGGCUGUCCUCCUGUUGCUUCAGUGUGAAAACACACACUCACACCGGCAGCGUGUCUGUCUCCACGCCGCUUCCCCUCACAGUCUCUCCCGGUCGGCGCUGCGCUCCCACAGGGACUCGUCCUUCUCCCCGGUCGGUUCCGUGGUGAGGAGGGGGGACCGGGACGGCGGGUUUCAGUGGGAGUUAACCUUCCGGACAGUGCGCGUGUGUGUUGUCUCCGUGCUUUAAGUGGCGAAGCGAACAAGAAGCCCCUCACCGCAGCAAUGCCACAGUUAUCGGGCGGCGGUGGCGGGGACCCGGAGCUCUGCGCCACGGAUGAAAUGAUCCCGUUCAAAGACGAGGGAGACCCGCACAAGGAGCAGAUCUUCGCCGAGCUCAGCCACUCGGAGGAGGAGGGAGACCUGGCGGACAUCAAGUCAUCUCUGGUCCACGAGUCGGAGAGCAGCCCCAACAGCAACAGCCACGAUGCAGCUAGACAGUCCCAAAUACAGCAGGAUUCAUACCACGAAAAACACAGAGACCAUCCAGAUGAUAUAAAACAUCAAGACAUGUACAGUAAAGGCCAUCCAUACCCAACCUACCCGAGCUACAUCAUGAUGAGCAACAUGAACAGCGACUCCUACAUAAACAAUGGCUCCCUUUCGCCGCCCAUGCCCAGAACAUCCAACAAAGUCCCCGUUGUGCAGCCAUCUCAUGCAGUCCACCCCCUCACGCCGCUGAUCACGUACAGCGACGAGCACUUCGCUCCAGGCUCCCAUUCUGGCCAUCACCCCCAGGAUGCCAGCAACAAACAAGGAAUGCCCAGGCAUCAUCCUGGACCAGAAAUUGCCAACUUCUACUCCCUGUCUCCCGGAGGAGUGGGGCAGAUCACGCCACCCCUGGGAUGGUUUUCACACCACAUGGUUCCCGGCCCCCCUGGUCCCCACGCCACAGGGAUCCCCCAUCCGGCUAUCGUUAACCCACAGGUCAAACAAGAACCUCCGCACGACAGUGACAUCAUGCACAUGAAAUCCCAGCACGAACAGAGAAAAGAGCAAGAGCCCAAAAGGCCGCACAUCAAGAAGCCGCUAAACGCCUUCAUGCUCUACAUGAAAGAGAUGCGUGCGAACGUGGUCGCCGAGUGCACGCUGAAGGAGAGCGCCGCCAUCAAUCAGAUCCUGGGACGAAGGUGGCAUGCUUUGUCUCGGGAAGAGCAAGCUAAGUAUUACGAGUUAGCUCGCAAAGAACGGCAGCUCCACAUGCAGCUGUACCCGGGCUGGUCCGCUCGAGACAAUUAUGGGAAGAAGAAGAAGCGGAAGAGGGAGAAGAUGCAGGAAUCGGCCCCAGGAGGAAAACGGAACAACUUCUCCACAUGCAAAGCGAAGGCAGCAGCUACGGGCCCUCUGCUAGAAAUGGAGGCCUGUUAAGAUUCCACGAAGACCUUUUAAAAGAAAAAGUCUCCGAAAACUGAAGCCUCCAGUUCUCAAAGGACCCCUCUCUUCCCCAAUCCACACUGCUCCUACUCUACUGCUCCCCCCCACCUCGUCACGUUCACACGCCAUCACCAAAAAAAAAAAAAAAAAACUGAACAAGACAAUCAGGACUUUGGAGGAGCACCGUCACGUAACCUCACCCUCACACCGAAACCCCUGGGAUAAACAAGCAAACAAAAUAAACCACAUCACUGUUUCGUUUUCCUUCAAAUAUCAGCUUUACUGCAAUCGAGGGCACUGCACUGAAAAACGAGCAGCAAUUGUGAUGCGUGCACAGACUUCUUCCCCGCACCGCCCCAACACUCCCAACACCUGUCACUAAGUUAUUAUAAGUUAUUUGUCACCUGUUCCUUUUUGUAUAGUUCAUAAGGUCGACAUUCAGUCUACCCCUAAAACCCCCUCCCUCUUCUUCUCACUGGAUUUUUUGUUUUUGUUUUGUUGUUGAGACCAUUUUGGGGGUUUCACCCGACCGACCAAACGCCUCUUUUUAGACUGCACUAAGGAAGACGGAGGGAUCUCAUCUUGACUUAAAAAAAAAAAGAACAAAACAAAACGUCCUCAAGACGCCGGAUUAAAUUUGUCACUGACCAAGUUGGUGCAAGAAAAAAUAAAAAGAAUGAAUCAACAUUUCAACUUUUUUUAAUUUUAGACUGAAUUUCAUUUUGAAUGCUUUUUGUUUUGUAUCUUGUUUCAUUUUCUCGGUGUAUAUUUUAGUGAUUUUUUUUAAUAGUGGUAUAUAUAAAAAUAAGCUUUGGACAAAAGAAAAGCCAUUUUUUUUCUUGUUGGAGCAUCUUGCAGAAAAAUCAAAACUUAAGGCUUUUUUUGAUAAUUAUUUGUAACAAAUAGUGACCUCGAGUCUUGCUCCGAUGUAAAAUAAUGCUCAGUAUGUGUACUUUUUUAAAAUAAAACUGUCAGGAUAUGUUGGAUUUUUUUCUGGAUAUUUUUGCAGGUUACAUUAGGACAAAGGCAGGAGUGUCAGCUCAGAGGCCUAUAUUUUAUUGUUCUAAAACAUGACAAAUGAAGCAGAUAUAUAUAUUUACCCCAGCACUUGACAGUCUUUUCUUUUAUUGCGAUGGACCUUUUUAUUUUGUCUUUUUCCUCUUUCUGGUAGCUAAUAGUGUGGUCUUUAGCCAUGUUGUUUAUUCCACUCCAACAUCUCUGUAACAUUUUAAUUUUAAUGCGCUAUGUUAGUAUUACUUGAUGAUUUUUUUUUUUUUUUACAUAUUCUGGGUCACUGUAAUCUUGGAAUAGCAUUUUGCUUGCCAAGUGGUCAUAUUUGAAUUGUUUUUAUCAUGUUUUAUUUUGUUUUUUUAAAGAAAAUAAAAAGACACCAUUGGCUCAA